AUGAACCGAAACCGGAACCAACAGGCCAGUGCCAUGUUCGUGCACCCCGGUUUUCGGGUCCGACAUCCGGUGAAAUCGUUCAUACGGAAAAAUGGUGGCAGCAAAACUACCCAACUACUGAGCGGCAAAAAAUCCAGACCGAUGCGAGCCAGAAAGCACAACGCCAAAACGUUUCCUACUAUCUACUACCAAAAAGUGAGGGGCUUACGAACUAAAACAGCUGAUCUUCACAGCGCGCUCUCUGCUGCCGACUACGACGUCAUUUGCUUUACGGAGACUUGGCUCAACAACACAAUUAAGGACUCGGAGCUCACCGAUUGCUACACACCUUACCGGUGCGAUCGCUCGGAAACAACAAGUCGCUUUGAACGUGGUGGUGGAGUGAUGAUAGGAGUGAAAAAUAACAUUCGUAGUUCUUCGCUUACUGAGGAUUGCGCUACUUGCCUUGAAAAAGUAGUUGUGCAUCUGAAACUGCAAAACCGCUCGUUGUAUAUCAGCACUGUUUACCUUCCACCCUACUCGACUCUCGCACACUACGCGCAGUUUUUUGCAUGCAUGAAUGAAAUAUCAAACAUUACGGGCUCUGAAGAAGACGUUUUCUGGCUUGGCAAAUUUAAUCUGCCUGCCCUCAUCUGGACUUACGACGAUGACCUGAGCUGCUACAUUCCGAUAAGUGCCACCACAGAGUCAGAAAUGCUUUUGACUGAAUCGAGGGGUAUGCUUGGACUAGCCCAAAUCAACAACACUGACAAUAUCAACGGCAGAUUAUUAGAUCUGGUUUUUGUAAGUAAUGCAUCAAUUUGCGAAUUGUUUGAAUGUGCAGAACCUCUGCUCAGGGUAGAUCAGCAUCAUACACCGUUCGUGCUAACAUUGCUGUGUUAUCUUGACCUGCGCACGCAACCGUAUGAGGAAUUUCGUUUGGAUUUCAGCCAAUGCAAUUACGCUGUAGUUAAUAAUCUUAUAGAUAACACUAGCUGGAGUGAACUGCGAUGCGCUGAAAAUAUCACUGUAGCUACUGAUCAUUUCUAUCGCAUUUUGAUCAACAUCAUUCGCGACAACACUCCACUGAAAAAACGAGCCAAUAAACGAGAGUCAAUCCGUCCCUGGUGGAAUAACGAUCUGAAGAAUUGCCGUAACCGGCUACGAAAGGCCAGGAAAAUCUAUUUUGCUCUUCGAAAUGAACCAAAUAAACUUCUACUGCGCGAGCUGGAACGGACGUACAAGGAGCUGAAUUCAAGAAAAUUCAACGAGUACAUACAACGCACGGAGCAACACCUAAAAGCCGACCCGAAAUCGUUUUGGUCAUUCAUUGAUCAACGGAAAUCGAGCAACGGGAUUCCAGCUACCGCGUCCUACCUGGACAAGAGCACCACCGAUCCGAAGGAUGCGGAAAACCUAUUCAUGACGGUCUUCCGAAGCGUGUUAAGUAACAAUUUACCACCUUCGGAUGAAGCGUACUUGAAUAGUUUGCCAGUGUAG